AUGUGUGAUGCUAGUGAUUUUGCAGUAGGAGCAGUGUUGGGACAGAGAAAAGAUAAGAAACUUCAUGCAAUCUACUAUCCUAGCAGGAUACUUGAUGAUGCACAAAGAAACUAUGCAACAAUAGAGAAGGAAUUGUUGGCAGUAGUGUUUGCUUUUGAGAAGUUUUGUUCUUAUCUAGUUGGUUCAAAAGUCAUUGUUCAUACUGAUCAUGCUUCAUUAAAAUAUUUGAUGCAGAAAAAUGAUGUUAAGCCUAGACUUUUGAGAUGUAUUCUUCUUUUACAAGAGUUUGACAUAGAGGUGAGGGAUAAGAAAGGAGUAGAGAAUGGUGUUGCUGAUCACUUGUCAAGGAUUAGGAUUGAUGAUGAUGUUCCAAUCCAAGAUUCUUUACCAGAGGAGCAUGUGUAUUUUGUUGAAACUGGGUUUUGGACAGAUUAUGCUGGGCAUUUUGCUACUUUCAAAACGGUGUCUAAGGUUUUACAAGCAGGGUUCUGGUUGCCAACAAUGUUCAAAGAUGCUCAUGAGUUUAUCACCCGCUGUGAUGCAUGUCAGAGAAGAGUUCAGAUUAGUAAGAGACAUGAGAUGCCACAAAAUUUCAUCCUUGAGGUUGAAGUAUUUGAUUGUUGGGGUAUUUACUUUAUGGGACCAUUUCCUUCCUCUUACGAUAAAAACUACAUCCUGGUGGCUGUUGAUUAUGUUUCCAAGUGGGUUGAAGCAAUUGCAAGUCCGAAGAAUGAUUCUGAUGUGAUUCUUAAGCUGUUUAAGACCAUCAUCUUUCCUCGGUUUGGAGUGCCUUGGAUUUUCAUCAGUGAUGGAGGUAAGCACUUUAUUAACAAAGUGUUUGAAAAGCUGCUGAAAAAGUAUGGGGUUCAACAUAGAGUAGCUAGUCCUAUCAUCCUCAGACUAGUGGACAGGUUGAGGAAUUCCAACAGACAGAUCAAGGAGAUUUUUGAGAAAAUAAUGGGUGUUAUAAGGAAGGAUUGGGCUAUGAAUUUAGAUGAUGCAUGA